GGAAUCCCGAGGAAUCUCGAUAACGACGGUUCUGAAGGGUUCUGAAGUUUGUCUGGAUUCUUUCCUCUUUGGCAUAAAAAGCAAGGCCAGCUGGUUGCCCCUCCUCAACACCCAUGAUCCAUCGCCACUUGUUCUCUGCGCAAAAUAACAAACAUCAGAACGUCUGUUCCAAAAAUUCCUCCAGAUCCCCAGCUUGUUCACGUUUGACUAUCCGUUCCGCCUGAGUAUUUUGUCUGAAAUCGACUACCAUCUAUCUCGCCAUGAACUCUUUUUACUGUGCUUCAACCAUCAUCGCGCUUCUCCUUCUCCUAUCUCAUGUGGCGGAAGGUGCUGUUACGUGCUCAGUCGAUGCAAAUGGAACUUGCCACUGCAACAACGGUCAAAUCGUUCCUCAUUGUCAAGGUUGACGAAUUCGUCGAAAUUAACAUUGAACCCUCAAGUUUCAUGUCUCGGAGUCGAAUCCUUUCAGCAGCCUCAUGAUCCACCAAUCUGACGUCAAGGGACCCACCCCAGCACCCACAGAUUCCGAACUCCUGCCAUAGUUUCAAUCCGCCUAUCUAAAUCUGUCUACCCAUGUCCAAUUUUGCUACAUUUCUAUGUCUCACUUUGUUGUGAAGCAGUACUGAAAUCAAAACCUGGCUGACUCAUCAUAUCAAAGUAGUAGUUUUUUUUUUUUUUUUACUUUUCUGCUUUGAAUUCUUCCUCCCCUGAUUCUUCAUUUUUCCUGUGUUAGAAAUCAGAAUGGAAGUUUGACUACCUGCCCUUUUCAUUCAAUUGUCUGCAUCAUCUAUCCUCUGUGUGUCAGAGUCUGCCUUGUGUGUUGCUUACACGGCAGUUGCAUGGAUUAAAGUUUCGGUCGGCAAUUUGCCGCGAGGGUCGAAAUGCGAGCGAUCCGCCAGCCCGCUCACGGGCCUCAGGUCAGCCGCAAAAUUGAC